AACUCACUUACAAUGUCAUCAUCGCCCCCCAAGCCUGCGACGGCGGAGAGUGGGUAUAUCACCCAGCCUGCUGCAUUGGAAAACACAUAUACGUCAGACAUAUCUCUGCAGCAGUUAUUAAAAUGGUAUCUUCCAUCUGCGACGUUUCAAUCAAUAGAACCGCACUUCACCCAGCUCGGUGCUGAAGCUGUAUCCGAACGGGUACGAGAGUGGAGUGCGGAUGCAGAACGAAACCAGCCUUAUAUUAAAAGUCACAAUGUGUGGGGAAAGCGAUAUGGCUAUGACCGACUCAUCACAACUGAAGGCUGGAAACAGCUGGGAUACUGGGGUGCUCGCAAUAAGAUUGUCUCAGCGGGAUAUGACCCUGCUUAUGGAUCACACCGCAGGACUGUUCAAUAUACACUGAAUUAUCUCUAUUCCCCCUCUUCGGGAUUAUACUCAUGUCCAAUCAGCAUGACAGAUGGUGCUGCUUUUAUUCUGUCUUCACAAAUUGGAAGCUUACCUUCUGAUCAUCCAUUCCAUGCGGUAUUUAAGGGGCUUGUCUCUGAAAAUGAAGAUCACUGGACUUCAGGACAAUGGAUGACUGAGCGAGCCGGUGGAAGCGACGUGCAAAAUACUGAGACAUGGGCAACCUACUCUCCACUAUCAAAUUCCUCUGGCUCAGAUCCACUUGGAGAAGGAGAUUACUUGAUCAAUGGAUUCAAGUUCUUCUCUUCUGCUACAGAUGCUAAUGUGGCCCUUCUACUUGCCAAAACCCCAUCAGGGAAACUUAGCACCUUUCUGGCUCCGCUGCGAAGAACGAUUGUCGACGAGGAUGGGUCCUCGCGCCAAAUCUCCAAUGGUGUAAGGAUUCAUCGAUUGAAAAAUAAGCUUGGCACAAAAGAGCUGCCAACCGCUGAACUCGAGCUGCAAAACAUGCGCGCUCAUCUGGUUGGCGAGCUAGAUCAAGGAAUUGUAACUAUUGCUCCCCUUUUGAACGUCACUCGCAUCCAUACGUUCGUUGGGACACUUGCUGGAUGGCGUCGCGCUAUUAGCAUUGCCAAGAGCUUUGCUAAAGCUAGAACCACAGUUGGUGAGCCCUUAUGGCUGAUCCCAAUGCAUAUGCGUCUCCUUGCAGACUUGGAAGUCAAGCAUCGAGGAUGCAUGAAUCUUGCGUUCUUUACAAUUGCACUUAUGGGCUUGGUGGAGUCAAAUAACUCACAACCCUCUGAUCUCGCUCACCUGCCCCUUCCUGGAAAGGAAGCAAACGUUGUUUUCCGAACUUUAACAGCCACUGCUAAGGCUGUCGUCAGCAAGAUGUCUAUUGCGGGUAUCCAGGAAUGUCAGGAAGCGAUGGGUGGUGUAGGCUAUAUGGAUGAAGCUGACGAGCCAGAGUUCAACAUUUCACGAAUCCUGCGCAACAACUCAGUUAAUUCGAUCUGGGAGGGGACUACAAAUGUCUUAGCGAGUGAGAUGUCUCGAUUCCUCCUCAAGGCCAACAAUAUGUCCAUUUUCUCCUCGUGGCUUGAUCGUACCUUAGCGUUGAUCCGAACUACAGAUCUUCGUGAUCCAUUGAUUGUUGCCUGGUCGGAACUGAAACGUCGUUUCUCUCCAGACAAUCAGUCACCCGCUGCUAUUCUCGCCGAUGCUCGUCGUUAUAUGUUUACUUUAGCCUGGAUUCUCUGCGGUAUGCUUUUGGCCCUUGAAGCUGAACAGAACACAGACAGUGUUACUAGAGACAUUGCCCGACGCUGGGUUUUAGAUGCCGAGGGAGGGGUUGGUGAUAUGGUCUUCCAUGAUAUUGUUACGGUUCAAAGAACUGGAGCCGCAGUUCUCAAUGGAGAUCAACAUCUGGAGUGGGACUGCAGAAUUGCUUGGGGCGUUGAACUUCCAGCAAAUCGUGCGUCGGGUCAUCGAUCUCUACAAACUGCCAAUGUAUGGGCUAAGCUGUGA